CCUCGGCUGCAGAAUGAUUUACUCUUCUGGAAGGGAAUCCUACUUCAACUUGAACUCCACCUGGUAUGACCCUGCAGGUUCCUGGCUGGACACCCGGCGCACCCCCUUCACCUAUGCUUAUAGCACCUGCUGCAGCAGUGGUAGCUGUCCAAGGGGAGGCCAUGAUAACCGAUGCUACGAGUAUCGACGAUCGGGCUGUGCUGAGAAUUGCCAUGGGUCGUCGGGGUCGUGCCACGGCAGUGGAGGCCACUGCUGUGUCAGGAGGCCAUCGUACUUCCAUGGAUCCUCUGGAGGAUGCCACGGCCAUGGGCGGUCGGUCUGUUCUGAGCGGUCAUGCCACGGUUCUGGAGCUUCAUGCCACGGUUCUGGAUCUUCAUGCCACGGUUCUGGAUCUUCAUGCCACAAUACCUCUGGAGCAUGCCACAGUACACCAAUUUAUGUGAAGCCAAAACAAUAUGUGCAACAGUGCUGCCCUCCAGUGCAGAAGUAUUGUCCACCAGUGCAACAGUGCUGCCCUCCAGUGCAACAGUGCUGUCUUCCAGUGAAAAAGUGCUGCCCUCCAGUGCAGAAGUGCUGA